AUGAAGAAAAAAAUUCCAAAACUAAGUAAAAAGCAACUCCAACAAACCACUACGUCAUCAGAGCCAACAACAUCAGAAGAAUGGUUAGAACAAGGAUCGAUAGAUGAAGAAAGUGGAGAUAGAUGGUUAGGUUCAGAUAUACCCAAAGCAUUGAGGUUUUAUCAAAAGGCAUAUCAUUCAUACCUUAAGUCAAUAGCAGAAGGUGGUGAACAAGAUGCUUAUUAUAAUUCAUGUAGAUUAUUGUUACAAGUUUAUUUAUUGAUUAAAGAAGAUGGAUUAGUGUUGGAGAAUUUGAGUGGUAUUGAUGAGUUGUAUGUCAGCGAUUCAAUUUUGGCUAAUUUGGAACAAAUUUUAGAGCUUCAUCGAAAGAGUUUGAAAGUUAUCGGUGAUAAUUCUGAUUUAUUGUUCAAUACUGUUAUAGUCUAUAUUGAAAUAUUAGAAGCAAGUGCAUCAAAUGAUAGUGAAAUAAAUUUGGGAUAUGAUGACGCUUUGUCAAUAUAUAAUAAUGCACUGGAUAUUUUACUUAAUUUGGGACAGAAACAGUACAAUGAAUUUCAAUCAUUUGUAAAAGAAUUAAACCAAUUAAGUGAAAAUGAACCAAACGAUCAACAAUCUUUAUCUCAGUCAAAUAAUGGAGAGGGUAAAAAUGAAGAAGCCGUCAGUGAAGAGAUUAUUCAGCCAGUUGAUUUAUUUGAAACCGUAAUAUCAUCAUUUAGGUUAAUUCAAGCACUAUUUAGGACCUUAGAUCUUCCAGAUUUAUCAAAAUUAAAGCUACAAGUCGAGCCAUUAGAAUUAUUUGCUACAAGUUUGGCAACAGUGCUAAUCAAUGAUUAUUCAGAUGUCCAAACAAAAGAUAACUCAAUGUUAGAAACCAUAUCAAGGUCACAAGUUAAUGAGAUCAAAAUCAAUAUGAUCGUAUUAAACAGUCUUACUUUUACUAGUUUUGAGGAACUAUUAAUGUUAUGGAAUCAAACUUUUGUAUCAAAUUUUGCAGACGAAAUUCCUGAAAAAUAUUUAGCAUUUUCAGAUGAAAUUCAAUCAUUAUUAGAUAAAAAAGAUAUCACAAUACAUUCAAUAAAUCAAACAAAUGAUAUUAAUGAUAAACAGACUUUUUUUGAUAUACUAAAAUAUCAAUGUGAUAUACUUAAAAAGGCACAAGAUUUAAUCAAUAUAGAAUUAAGUAAUAAGAGAAAACAACCACUGGGUAAAGAAUUAAAUAUUGGAUCAAUUAUUGUACAGCUAUGUGACGUAUAUAUAGAAAGAGCAGACAUAUAUUAUCAAUUAUCAAUAAUGACAAAUUUUGAACCCACCACAAACCACAAAGAAACUUAUAUCACAAAUUGUAAAAAUUUAUUAAAAUCAGCAAUGACACUAGCUAAUUCAUCAGGAGGAUUACGUGAAAGAGCUUUAGAAAAAAUGAAUAGAGAUAAAAAGAAAAAUCAAUCUGUUUUUAGAUUAUGUUUACUUGAAAAUAAAACAACCAUAGAAGAAUUAGAUAAAAUAAUGACAAGAGCUAGAUGGACAAAAGAAUAUGCUGAACUAACGAAAUUACAAAUAUAUAAUGACUUGAUACAACAAAUACCAAUAUCAUUAAUAUAA